CUGCAGGAAAUCAUAACACUUGACUCAUCCACCGUGUGUGUGUGUGUGAUUCUGCUCUCCUCUGCUAGACUUCUAGACAUACUCAUAUGUGAAGAGAGAGAGAGAGACACACAUUUAAACUCAAGGAACCUACCCUGUUGACCCGGACUGGAGACAUGACAAAAGAGACUGAGACUUUGGGGCUGGUUCUGCAGAACGAAAACUUCAUCUAUAACCGUUACACCAACACAUCAUGGACUCCUGGUCCUACAUGGACACCCCCAUAUCCAAACCCAGACUCAACCCAGGAGACGGACCUCACAGCUAUCACCAUGCUGUAUGAACAGUGCAAGAACCAGAAGGAGCAGAAGAUGCCUGCCAGCAACUGCAACAAUGCCAUGUUUAAAUCACUUGAGAGGCUUCCAAUCAGCCCGUCUCCAGAGCUGGUCUCCAUGGAAAUGCCCGCCAACCUCAUGAAGAUGCUGUCCGACAACAUUCCCUGCAGCAACCCCCAGGAGGUGCUGCCGUCGUCCAUGUGCUCGGCCGUCAAGCUCACCUCGCUGCCCAUCUCGUCGGCCCCGGACACCUACGCCACCCUGACCACCGCCAGCAUCCCGGCCGACAGCUACGACAAGCAGGACCUCAGCAACAUCUUCGACUCCCUGCUGCAGAAGUGGCCCGCGGAGACGUUCCAGGAGACCAGCGCAGAGGCUCUUCCCUACUCCGACCCCUUCUGUGAGGAGCAGUACAUCUCCUCAGACUCCUACAGCAGCUCCCCUGCAGAGCGCCACCGUAGCGACUUCCAGUUCGCCCUCGGAGCUCCAGUGGCCUCCCCCUACAAGUCUACAGAGCUGCCCAUGGUGUACCUGAACAAGGGACAGUUCUACCCCAUCACGCUGCAGGGCAUAGACAGCUCCGCCAACCUCACCGCCAGCAAAGUCAAGACAGUGGUGAUGGCCGUGUUCGAGAACGACAAGAGCCCCGAGAUCCAGCUGCGCUGCUGGAACCACUGGCACGCCCGCCAGCCCACCGUCAAGCAGAGGGUCAUCGACAUAGCUGACUACAAAGAGGUGUUCAGUGGAAUAAGCAACGUGGAGGAGGUGGCCUUCAACGCACUGUCCUUUAUAUGGAAUCCUAAUGAAGAGGCUAAGGUGUACAUUGGCCUCAACUCCCUGAGCACAGACUUCUCCUCUCAGAAGGGCGUGAAGGGCCUGCCGCUGAACCUGCAGAUCGACACGUAUGACUUCAGCACGGGCACCAACCGGCUCCUCCACCGAGCCGCCUGCCAGAUCAAGAUCUUCUGCGAUAAGGGGGCCGAGAGGAAGAUGAGAGACGAGGAGAGGAAGAGGACUAAGAGGAGAGGCAAGAACACCAGCGAUGCCAGUGCUAACAAGGGUUUAGUGAGCAGCUCCAUAGCCACUGAAUGCACCUUCUUCAAGAGCUUGGAGGACCACAUCACCCAGCCCGUGCUGUUCAUCCCAGAGACACACCUGUCCACCUUGCAGCGUGGAGGCCUGACCACGCCCUUAACCACACUCGACGAGAUCGAAAGGAUUUCCUUGAAGAGAUCUUACCAAGACACGGGAGACCAGGAUAGCCCCCCACCGGGCAAAACCCCCCGGCGAGAUGAAUCACAGAGAGUUCUGUUGUACGUGAGAACGGAGAGCGAAGAAGUGUUCGAUGCGCUCAUGCUCAACACGCCGACACUGACCAGUCUCCGUGAAGCUAUUUCUGAAAAGUACGGCAUUCAGAGGGACAACAUCGGGAAAAUGUACAAGAAAUGCAAAAGAGGGAUUUUUGUCAACAUGGACGACAACAUAAUCAAACACUAUAGCAACCAGUCGGCCUUCCUGAUCGAGACGACACAGGUCAGCGCUGGACAGUUCCAGAUCACUCUCACGGAGCUAUGAGGUCGUCCAAUCACAGAAGCUGACGAUUUUACACAACCUCUUUCUAUUAGCACUGCCUGAUCAUAAACAUUGUCGAUUAGAUCAGGACCAGGACUUAAAUCAAACCUUUCAGGGGGAAUUGGAUUGGAUUCAUUGGAUUUAUUAAAUGUCCCCUUUUCAGCUUAAAAGUCCUUUACCCGUUCACUGCCUCUGGGAAUAUCAGUGAUUUAUUUCCAUAUUUCUUUUUAAGUAUAAACAUUAGAGCAAUUAUAAUUGAUAUUCUGUAAAUAUGUAUUGUAAAUAGAAAUUAAGAUGAAAAAAUGUUUUACUGUUUAAUGAAACCAGUGGUUUGGAUAUUGUUAUAUAUUUGCCAUGAAUUGCUACAUAUUUCAAUCUACAAUGUAUAGUAUAGCAUUUUGCUAUUUUCAGAAGGUGCCAUUUUUGCUGCUUUAAAACAUUUAAAAUGUAUAGACCAUUUCCAUUCUUUUCAUAUAUUUUCUCUAACCUAGAAACCACCAUUGACCUUUCUCACUUGUGGCACAGCUCUCUGUCCCUGUGACUUCUCGCUCUCUCCAGACAUUGUAUUAUACCAAACCAACGUGUGUUGCUGUUUGAUGCCGCCAAGAGUUUAAUUCUGUCUAUUAUUUCUAUAACUAUAACGACCCCACCGCGGGUUGUGGUUGUAACUGAAUGUCACACAUUUCUCCUUUUUGACACCAAGCAGCCUUUGGGGUGGCCAUCAUUUCUUCAACUGUAUUUAAUAACCCUUGAGCUGGCGUUCAGUGAGGUUCCGUGGAAGUUUUCAUUUGAUUUGUUUGCGUAAUAACUUUUUUGUUGUUGCGUUAUUUCAAGGCUUACAUUAUCCCUGGAAUAUUUAAGCUACCAUUGCGAUUCUGGUUGUAUUAUUUGUACUUUGCCUUUUUACGGAAAAUAAAGAAAAUUCAAAAUA